AUGUGGCCGUCGGAUUUCGAUAACCUUGACACCAUCUCGACCUUUGACCCCAAUUUUGCCGCCACCCUGGAGAUCAAAUGCCAAAGCGGGGCGGGAGCCGUGUCGGUGGCCAAGGACUUCUUCUCGUACAUGAGCUACGUGUACGAGGUGAAAAUCAUCAACUGCAAGCUAGCCAUUCAGGACAGCGCAUUUAGCGGAUUUAAAGUGUUGAACCAGCUUGUGAUUGAGAACGGCACGACAACAUUUGAUGCGAAGGCCUUCGAUGGCGUACAGGUCCAGAAACCCACCUCCGCAGGCCACAAAAUACCCGUCAUGUCCGGCUCGCUGGUCAUUCGGGACAGCACUACGACAGGAAACAUCCUGCCUGCCGGAUUGUUGAUAUCACAGACGGGUCUCGUGUCUCUGACCCUCGAGGGUAUGGACCUCAGCUCUCUGGACGCCUCGCUCCUGACCAAGAACACUGCACUCCGCUUCCUAUCAUUGGGCCAUAACGCAUUUACGGAACUACCGACUGGACUCCUCGACACCCAGAACUCGCUGGCGGAACUGCAUCUCUACAACACGCGCCUGGAGUGCACCUGCGAGAAGCUCUGGCUCUACAAACACUUGGACACCACGCGCACCAAGGUUUUCGGUGACGUUAUCUGCUCCUCUCCUACCGACUGGACGGAAAAGAAGGCGGCGGUUUUCUACUACUCCGAAUGCGUUGAGGCUCCGGCGGUAUGCGGAAACGGCAUGAUUCUGCUGGGCGCAUGCGUGACCUGGCUGGAGCUGGGGCUGUCAAUCAUGUGCAUUGUGGCCUUCAUACUGUCAAUUGUGGUACUGGUUCUCACAAUCGUCACCAAGAAGGAGGCGGAGGAGGGCGCCGAAGGUAAGCGCCGGGGCGGCCGGAAGCCGACACAGCCGAGGCAAUCAGGGGCACAAGCACUCCCAAAGAAAUCCGGGCCAACCAAGGCCAAGGGCGCGUGGAAUUAAGUGAAAAUUGAAAAUAAUAUGUAUUUAGGAAAUCGGUUUGACUGAAAUUGUUCGUUUUUUUUUAUACUUUUAUACUCCUUUAAUUUUUGUUUUUUUGAUCUUAUUCAAUGAUUCUUUUGAUUACCUUUUACAUACAAUAAAUCGCAUUUUAAAACAAAUAUUUAUUAUUUUUUCAUGUGUGCGUUCGUUUUUUUAUAGUAAACAACUUAACACUUUACAUGCAGGCCUUGAAGAGAGAAAUUAUACCAUGAAAAUGAACUAGCCUAUGAAAAAUGAUUGUCAUGAUCGUAAUAGUAUUUCUAUCUGUUGCAAACAAAACAACAAGUGUUAUACACUGCUGAAUUUGUUUUUAUUAUGCCGACUUGUUCAAAGUAAUAAUCACAUUUUAUUUUAUGCUUUCCGGUGGUUUAUAGAGAAAUAUCAGUGAAUGAAAACUGAUAAUUUCACUGUUUCAAACAAUGAAAAUUAUCAGUGAAAAUUAUUGAUCAUUUUCACUGUUUAUGUUAAAUGACGUCAUUUUCCCAGCGAAAUUCUUUAGUUAAACUCAAUGUAUAUGAACUGUGAAAAAAGCAUUAAAUAAAAAGAAAAUUUGUUCGGUUCGGUGGAUUAUCGAUUUUAAUUCACUCGUGAUCAUAUAAAAUAUAUA